AUGGAUUUGUUCAAGUUCGAGAAAGAUUUUGAUCCGUCCGCCUUUCACAGUUGGACAUUGCAGUACUGGGACUUGACGUUCGUCUACUCGAUCAUCUACCUCGUCGCCAUUUUUAGCGUGCAGCAUUACAUGAGAAACAGAUCACGUUUCGAACUGCGGUCUUCCCUUAUUUUUUGGAGUGGAUUUUUGGCGCUGUUCAGCAUCGCCGGUGCUGUGCGUACCCUGCCUGAACUGAUCCAUGUGUUGAGGUAUGAAGGGUGGUAUCAAUCCAUGUGCAAUCCGUCUUACUUCACGUUAAGGCCAACAUCUUUCUGGGCGUUCAUGUUUGUCAUCUCCAAGGUGUACGAGCUUGGGGACACAAUAUUUGUUGUCCUAACCAAGAAACCCCUGAUUUUUCUUCAUUGGUAUCAUCACGUGACUGUAAUGAUUUACGUGUGGUACAGUUACACAGAUCAUACAGCUCCUGGCAGGUGGUUUAUGGUAAUGAAUUACAUUGUGCACUCAUUUAUGUACACGUACUACACUCUGAAAGCAAUGAAAAUAUCGACUCCGAGAUGUAUUAGUGUCGGUAUCACUUUCCUACAAAUCAUUCAAAUGGUCAUGGGAGUCAUUGUCAACUACUCAGUCUAUUUAGCAAAGUUGAAAGGUCUGUCCUGUAAUCAAACAAAUUUCAACCUGGCUUGCUGCUCUGCAAUGUAUGCAAGCUACCUGAUACUGUUUUCAUCAUUCUUUUAUCAUUCCUAUCUCAAAACAAAACCCACAAACUAUACUUUAACUAAACUCAGUCAGAAAUCUGAAUGA